AUGGCUUCAUCCGACUACGCAAAGAAUGCCCACCUCGUAGUGACACUGGGUGCGCUCGCAUUCGCGACGCUGUGCGUCGCCACGUACGGCGCGCCGUGGCGCCGCCCAUUCCCGAGCAAAUCUCGAGCGAAAAGCAAACCAGGCCUCCCAGCCUCCCAAUACUCGUCUACGCACUUUGUCGUCUCAGCUGGAGCCAUCGCGUUCGCCUUCUCCCCUGCCACCCCCUCCGUCCCCCCAUCAUCCGCCUCCUCUUCCUCUUCCACCUCUUCGCCGACGUCACCUACAACGUCCACCUCCCAUCUCCCACUGCCGAAACAGGAGCAGAAACAGAAGCAGCGCCCGACCCACGUCGUCCUCGUGCACCACGCGCGCAAGGACGAGUGGCUCUUCGCCAAGGGCCGCCGCGACGAGCGCGAAGACCCGCGCGACACCGCCGUGCGCGAGGUGCGCGAGGAGACCGGGUUCAGGUGCCGCAUCCGGCCCGUGACGAUGCGCACGCGCGCGACGAUCCCCGUCCCGAUCCCGAUCCCGGCUCCCUUACACUCCCCGCCAUCGCCGGCGGCACCAGGGCCCCCGCGCGCAGGCGACGAUAAAGGCGUGAUGGGCAGGCUCGCGUCCGCGGCGUCGUCGUCGACGAGCGUAUUAGCAACAGCAGGAACAUCUCCGACGGUGGUGGGCGGCGUCCCGCUACACCAGCCCGAUGUCCCGCGCGUUGCGCGCGACUGUGUGGAGCCCUUCAGUCUUACGAUCCGCCCGCAGCAGGGCGGGAGCGUGAAGCUCGUGUACUGGUUCAUCGGCGAGGUCAUUCCUGAUGGCGUCGCUCCCCUCCUGCCCGGCGGCGCCGACGGUGGGGCAUGUAGCGGCUCUGAGACGAGCAGCGAUGCGGACGGUGCGAAGCGGCGGGCGAUGGCGAGUCAUGCGGAUGCGGAGGGGUUCGGGCGUGCGGCGCUGUUUCCGAUUGAGGAGGCGCUUGAGAGGCUGACGUUCGAGGGGGACCGGGAGCUGCUGAAAAGCGCGGUGAGGGUGCUUGAGGAGGAAGAGAGUCUGGAUUAGGGUUUGGGAUCUGGACAUUAAUAGCGUGCUCUCAAGGCUGGGGAGACCCGCAAUCGAGGAUGGGCGGGGGAGUAGAACGUGAUAAGAGUAGGCAAGGACGCGAUCUGUUACGAUAUUCCUAUAAUGUGUUGAUUUACAUCCAUCUUUGUUGUGUAUGCACGGUAUAAUCGCUCGAGGACUUCAUGUUGCUUUUGCAUGAUAGAUACGUUCCAG